AUGCGUCAUCUUCUGUCUCUCGUCUUUCUCCUGGUCGCAUGGGCCACCGUCAUCUCCGCGGUCCCCGCCGGUUCCAGCAUCACUCCUCCACCGCCCAUCGAACCGGUUCAACUCCUUUCAUCACAGCCUUCUACCCCUCGUCGCCCAUGGAUCCGACUCCGAGAUUGGGUCAUUGAAACGAUAUGGGGGAUCCCAAAUCUGACCUCCCCGCGCUCCCCAUUCAGGGAUCCCUCGCGCCAUCGGCCCCCUUCGUCUCAGGUACUGGCGCGCUAUGGCAGCGAUGUGGUCCUUCGAUUCCACUUGCGCACUGUUAAGGAAGCCGAGGCUUUGGCCCAGGCCGCCGAUGUGCUCUUCUUGGAUGUGUGGGCAUCGACGUCCGAAUUCGUCGACAUUCGGCUGGCAGAAGAAGUGAUCCCCUCGCUGCUCGGCCUCUUGCCUAAAUCCCUGAAAACAGCCUAUAUACCUCUCAUUGACAAUCUGGCGGAGAUGAUCUACAACUCGUACCCGACUCGACAGUCUAUAGGUCUCGAGCAACCGGCCAGACUCGAAUCUCCCGCCCGACAGUCGGCCCAAGUGGGGGAUCUGUUCUUCGAAGAGUACCAGCCGCUGUCUGUCAUUGUUGCGUGGAUGCGAUUGAUGGCGUCCAUGUUCUCGUCACAUGCUCAGCUGAUUAAUGUGGGAUUUUCAUACGAAGGCCGCGAGAUCCCCGCGUUGCGGCUGGGUGCUCGUCGUGACUCUGGGUCCAGGCCGCGGAAGACCGUAAUCAUAACCGGUGGAAGUCAUGCGCGGGAGUGGAUCAGCACGUCCACGGUGACCUACGUCGCAUAUAAUCUGAUCACGAAGUACGGCAAAUCAACGGUGGUCACCGACUUGUUGAACGACUAUGACUGGGUCCUGGUGCCCACGAUCAACCCCGACGGGUACGCGUAUACAUGGGAGGCAGACCGCCUGUGGCGCAAGAACCGACAGCCCACAAGCCUGCGAUUCUGCCCGGGGAUUGAUCUGGACCGUGCGUGGAGUUAUGAAUGGGACGGCGAGCCCACACGCUCCAACCCUUGCUCGGAGAGCUAUGCCGGUGACGAGCCCUUUGAAGGCAUCGAGGCGCACCAGAUCGCUCAAUGGGCGCUCAACGAGACGCAGUCCAACGGCGCUGAGAUUGUCGGGUUCCUGGAUCUCCAUUCGUACUCGCAGCAAAUCCUUUAUCCCUUCUCAUUCUCGUGCUCUUUGGUGCCCCCGACCUUGGAAAGCCUGGAGGAACUCGCUCUGGGCCUCUCGAAAAUCAUCCGACUGACGACGCACGAGAUCUACGAUGUCACGUCAGCCUGCGAGGGAAUAGUCACACCAGCCAAACACGGAGCCCAAACAACCUUCUUUCCUGUUGGAGGCACCUCCGGCGGCAGCGCCCUGGACUGGUUCUACCAUCAGCUGCACGCCACAUAUGCGUAUCAGAUCAAACUGCGCGACCGAGGCAGCUACGGCUUUCUUCUUCCGUCGGAAUACAUCAUCCCCACGGGCAAGGAGAUCUACAACGUGGUUCUUACCCUGGGCCAUUUUCUCACCAAAAACACAGCGGCCGUGGACGACUGGUUCACCGAGUUCGGACGCACGGAUGAGCCCGCACCCCCGUCGCAUCAUCCGGAUACGGCUGACACAGCUGACACAGCUUACACAGCUGGCUCGAGAGACGAGCCCGACAUCGAAGACUUGGAAAUGGUCGAUUGGGAGGAACCCCAUGCGUGGGACCUACGAUGA